ACUCCACAUUCCAUCCACUCCUCACGCCUCCUCGGCUCCUCCCUAUUUCGCCGCCCUAAAAUUUAAAUCGAUCACACAUUCUCUCUCUCUCUCUCUCUCUCUCUCUGUGAGCUCGAAUCAGUCUGUCUCUCUCAGAGGCCAGAGCCGUGGCUGUGGGUGUCGACCGUGUCGUGACUCCGGCGAUCAACUGUGAUAGUGGUGAUGGAUUCAGACUGGUUUGAUUUCUCGCAUGAUGUGGAAGACGAGGAUGAUGUUGAAGGUUCUGUUGCACUUCCACAAGAGUUGGUCUUGUAAUCUCGGUCGUGAGUCAACAUAUUCAAGUUCAUUCUGUGGUCUUAGCUCCAUUAUGGCUGGUGAAACCCAUGUGACUGUUACUAACGGCAGUCUUAAUACAGUUCCAGAUCCACAGGGGACUUACCAAAUUGUUGUGGCUGCAACUUGAAACAUGGGUAUUGGGAAGGAUGGGAAAUUACCUUGGAAGUUGCCCUCUGACAUGAAGUUUUUCAAGGAGGUUACUCUGACUACAUCAGAUCCUGCUAAAAAGAAUGCAGUCAUUAUGGGUAGAAAAACCUGGGAAAGUAUUCCACUGGAGUAUCGGCCUCUACCUGGCCGCCUUAAUGUAGUUCUCACUCGUUCGGGCAGUUUUGAUAUUGCCACUGCAGAAAAUGUUGUGAUUUGCGGAAGUAUCGCUUCCUCUUUGGAGCUGUUAGCGGCUUCUCCUUAUUGCUUGUCAAUUGAGAAAGUGUUUGUUAUUGGAGGCGGCCAGAUUUUUAGGGAAGCCCUCAAUGCUCCUGGAUGUGAUGCCAUCCACAUGACCGAAAUUGAGUCCAGCAUUGAAUGUGACACUUUCAUCCCUGCUGUUGAUACGUCUGUAUUUUUCCCAUGGUAUUCAUCCUUCCCAUCUGUGGAAAACAACAUUCGCUAUUCUUUCACGACCUAUGUUCACGUGAAGAAUUCUACAGCUGAAUCCCUUAGUCAGACCAAUGGGAAGAUAUCUGAUAAUUGCUCAGAUUCUGCUAAGUUUGACGUGAAGAAGUUCUCUUUCCUGCCUAAGAUGAUUUUUGAGAAGCAUGAGGAGUAUUUGUAUCUGAGACUUGUUGAAGAUAUCAUCUCUAAUGGCACUUCUAAAGAUGACAGAACAGGGACUGGAACUCUAUCGAAAUUUGGUCGCCAGAUGCGAUUCAAUCUGCGGAAAUCUUUCCCGAUUCUCACGACAAAGGCAUUAUUUUGGCGAGGUGGUGUUGAGGAGCUUCUUUGGUUCAUCAGUGGUUCAACAAAUGCUAAGGUCCUUCAGGAGAAGGGCAUUCACAUAUGGGAUGGCAAUGCAUCAAGAGACUACCUUGAUAGUAUUGGUUUGGCGGAUAGAGAAGAAGGAGACUUAGGACCCGUUUAUGGGUUCCAGUGGAGACACUUUGGUGCUAGGUAUACAAACAUGCAUGCUGACUACACUGGCCUAGGAUUUGAUCAGUUGUUAGAUGCUAUUGAUAAGAUCAAGAAUAAACCAGAUGACAGGCGGAUUAUUCUAUCAGCUUGGAACCCUUCUGAUCUCAAGCUGAUGGCACUUCCCCCUUGUCACAUGUUUGCCCAGUUCUAUGUCGCCAAUGGGGAGUUAUCAUGUCAGAUGUAUCAGCACUCUGCUGACAUGGGCCUUGGUGUCCCAUUUAACAUUGCAUCUUAUGUCCUCUUGACAUGCAUGAUUGCUCACGUUUGUGAUCUUGUUCCGGGUGAUUUUGUCCAUGUAAUUGGGGAUGCUCAUGUUUAUCUCAAUCAUAUCAGACCUCUGCAGGAGCAGCUUAAGAAACUGCCUAAACCUUUCCUGAUUUUGAAGAUCAAUCCUCAGAAGAAGGAUAUAGAUUCAUUUGUGGCUGCUGACUUUGAACUCAUAUGUUAUGACCCUCACCAGAAGAUAGGCAUGAAAAUGGCGGUGUAGGUCACUGACCGCUUUGGUAGAAAAGUACUUGGAGACCCACCCUCCUUUCAAACAUAUCUGCUCUUGUUUUUUAGGCAAGUACCAGAUUUUUUCAGCAUUUUGUUCAUAACUGUCUUCCCAAAAUCCGUUCACUUGUGAUCUCUUCAGCAUUCUCUCCAAUUCUUUGCACUAAUCAAAAAAGCACCUCACAAAAGUUCAUUGAAUCAUGAUAAGUUGAUAACCUAUUCGAAUGGCACUAUAUGAUAUUCAUUCCUUUAAGAGUUUGUCCUUUGUAGAGCAGUCCAUUAUAGUUUUUGACUAUGACUUUUGGCAAUGGCCAUGACUCCUCUAAAUGGGAAUUUAAGCUACUGGUGUGCAUCAUAAUGAUAUUGCUUGAAUAUUUUGUGUUCUACCAGGAUGGUUAUCCGGCUGCUCUUGAAAGUGGAAUUUUAGUUGCAAAGUCAUUAGCUUCCUUACCAACAGCAAUGUGUUCCCCUAAACAACCAAAUGAUUCACAUGCAUAUUUCCACACGCAGCCAAACCUGUUUGGUUUGCCCGAGUAUAAAGCUGCUUAAUUUUAAAUGUUAAACUGCAUAAGGGCAGUUUUGUUGAGUAAUUAACUUUGAUACUUUAGGACGGAUUACUACAUCCAAAAAGGUUGAAUUGCCAGCAUUUUGGGCUUCUGGCAUUUCAGUUUUUUGGGCUAAAAGGACAUUUUAUUGAAAGCUGAAUCCCAUAGAGUUUCUCUUGAAAAGCCAAACUUUGAAUCCGAUUGUGGACUAGACCAAGGGGUUGACUAGGUGGGUGGUGCAAUCCGUUCCAAGGUAAGAUGCCUGAGUUCGAUUGGACCUUUCUACACCAGCAUUUAUGGUGUAAUGUAUACUUGUUUAACGAGUACAACUAUUUCUAGCCUCUAGUUCUAUUCUUCUGACAGGCUAUGACAUAAAGCUUCUUGGUUCUAGACAAUACUUGUACGGUAAACUGGUAAACCAUUUGCAGUUCCUCGUAUGAAAUGUUUACAUUUAUAAGAUGCUUGAGGUUUUAUAUUUUGUCACCAAAUUUUGAUGCGUUGUGGACAUGAUCUUAGUUGUCGGUAUAUCUAAGAUGGCUGCAAACUUCUUCAAUGAUGCAGGCACAGCUGCUGGAGCUUAUGCUGACGGAAGAUUGUGGGAUAUACCCAAGUAUUGUAUAUGUAGGAACUUAGAAUCCUUUAGAUCCACAUAGUGAUGUUGGUUCUAUGGUGAUUUGAGGAUCUUUUUUUCCCUCUUGCAAACUCUUUGAGUUUGGUUUCUACUUAAUUCUAUGAAGUUUGCACCUUUUUAAGGGCUUCAUAUACUUAAGUCCUGUUGAACAAACCUGGUUUUGAGAUCUUCCAGUUUGUCUUUGUUAUUGAGUGCUGAUUCAUCUUGUCUUGGAAGUCUGCUUUUAUUUUACUUUUUGCCAGAACGGUUAAUGGAUUCAGGUGUUAAUAAAUUGCCAUAUUGGCAAGGUUGAGCUGAGGAUUUUAUUUUCUCAAUUUACAGCUCUUAGCCGGACCAUUUACUAUUUCUUGAAUCUUGCCUUUGUUAAGUUUUCAGGGCUUGUGUGAUAAUUCCCAAGUGGAAAAAGUUAGUUCGGCCCAAUCGCCCUGCUAAUUUGGGGGACUACUCUUCUUCUUCUUCUUCUUGCUCUGUUUGCUAGCGUCUUCAACUUUUCUUGCUUCCAUUUCUUCAUUUUUCCUCGAUGAGAAACUUCACCAGGCCUUAUAGUGCAGUCCCAGGGACCUCGCUCUUCAACAGCUGCUCCCCAACCUCAGCAAAGUUCAGAAAAAACAUAGAGUAGGUUUUUUUGCAGCUAGAGAUUUGAAGCCAUGAGGAGUGCAAAUUGGAUAUGCUUAUGUGGGCAUUCCUUUCGGUCAAGGUGCAGUUGAGCCGGGCCUACACGGUCCUUGAGGUUGGUCGAGAACGCAAUGAUUUGCUUGUCUCCACAGCUCGACCACAGCUUAUUGAUGAAGUUGAUCUAUGUGGAUAGUGUUCCCUUGGCACAGGAAAAAUAGCAAAGUUUAGAAGUA